AGUAUAUCUUUAGUUAAAAUAACAAACCCGAUAUUCAAACAUGAAGUUCAUAGUCUGCCUGCUGUUUGUGGUGGCACUGGUGGGUCAAAAGCAGACCAGCGCCAAGAGCGUGUCCAGUUCUCUGAGAAAUUUGGGCAAUGAGAUAGGUCAGGACGCCUCAGAGUUUGGCCACGAAUUGGGAGACGAGGGGACACAGUUCGGACACCAGGCCUCCAACAGCGCCAUUAACUUUGGACAUCAAGUAUCCCAGGAAGCAGAACAAAUUGGCAGUGCUGAAAUUGGUUCUCUGGAAAAGGAGUCCCAGUCCUCUUCUUCCUCUAGCUCUUCUUCCUCGGAUUCUUCAGCUAAUUCUGCUAAAUCCGCUACUAAUAAAGUCGCUGCCAGUACUGACCAGUCCACCAAUAAGGUUACCAGCAGUAAGACUAUCGCCUGCACCUGCAGCGAAACCGUAGAUAACUCAGGAAAUGAUACUUAUCCAGGUUCCUCCAGUGUUGCUACUGCCACUGCCAGUGCUGCAGGAACUGUUGCAAAGGAUGCCACCAGUGCUGCCGAAAGUGUAGCAAAAGAUGCCACAGAUGUUGCUGGAGAUGCAGUAAAGGCAGCUCACGAUGUUGCUAAUACAGCAUCUAAUGUGGGCCAAACUGUUUCUAAGGAUGCAGCCAAUGCUGCCAGCAAUGUGGCAGGUGAUGCCGCUGGUGUUGCUCAGAAUGCGGCUGGAGUAGCUUCGAGCGUGGCUGGAGCUGCCACCAAUGCUGCAGACACCAUUGCAACAAAUGCAUCCAACUUCGCGCAUUCGAUUGCUAGUCUUUUUUAGAUAGCAAAAUAGUGAAAUUUUCAUCGACUUUCGAUCUAUUUACUCAAGUAUCGUAAUGAGCGUAAUCAAUUCUAUUGCUAUUCUAAAUAUAUUCAAGUACUUACUCUCCAGAUAA